AUGCAACAUCGGCCCACUGAGUCUUCAGAUACGCACCAUCGACUAGACAACCCCUCGACACCCUUUCCUCCACUUCAGCAUGGCUUUUAUGAGCGCCAACAUCCGGCCGGCGUUGCUCAACUUCGCCGUGAGGACCCGGGCAGCGCAUCCCCGCGCUCGAUCCCAGACGCCGGCCGCCAUGACUCACUCAAUGCAGUCAGCGCCUCUCAACUGGACGAGAGGCUUCGACGCUUGAGCGUCCACGAUGCACCACCUACCGAGAGCCACCAAGCUGUUGCUGGUCAGCGAGUAAUCGACUACGAGAAUGCACUGACACCGUCAACUCCUCGACAGGCCUUGGGCUUCAAGGUCAUCAAGCGAUCUGAUGCUCGACCUGACAGCGUACAGCUCACAGACUUUCCAAACGAGAUCUUGACCCAGAUACUGUCCCACCUGCACCCCGACUCCCACUCGGCGAUAGCCCUUGUGUCGAAGCGUUUCUACUCUCUCGUUACGACCCCACAUGCGUGGCGAAUGGCAUUCUUGCGAUUCUUCCCGGGCCAUGACAGUUUGGCCGUAAAGGCCGGCCAGAGUCGUUCAGGGCCCUUGGAUCAUGACCCGUCCGAGUUCGUCCGGUCUGAGGCGCGGUACUUCUCGCGUUUGACCUCCCUUGCGACUUGGAGGAGCGAAUACUUGUUACGAACACGGCUUCUGCGCGGCCUGAUCAGAGGUAAACCGGGAACCAGGUCUGGUGGAAUCGGCGCUUCUGCCCGAAGCGGCAAAAAGACAAGCGCUGUCUUGACAUACAACUCAAAGCUGCCGUGGGCUGUGACCCACCUACACGCCGACUUUUCAGCGAAGAAAGCCCCAAGGGUCAUUCACGGUGCUUCGGACUUGGGUGUAGCAACUCUCAGUGAUCCGUUCAUUGGCAAGGUGGAGAAAUGGGGAUUCAGAGAUCCGUUCUCCAUUCUCCAGCUCGAAGAGGCCUUCCCCAAUCUUGAGCCGUGGGGCCUGGGAGAUGGCCCUGCCGCUUGCCCAAACAUCAUGGACGUCAGUCAUCCUUACGGCGUCCUCUCCGGCGAAGGCUUUCCAGGUGGUCGUGCCUACUAUCGUCCCAUCAACGAGCUGCACGGUCGAUAUCUUGGCAGCGAUACAGGUGUAAUCGACACCUAUCCCGACAUCCCCAAGAUCCCGGAGUUGUCAGAAGCACUCUCGAGUGUCUGGAUCGCCAAAUCCACCGCCGUUCCCAACCUGACGCACUCAACGGUUGGCAUCUUGACGGGGUCCACGCUGGGCAUCGUCACAUCCUACGCUCUUCAUGGGGACGGAAGCGGGCCUCGGCAUCCGAAUGGCCAGAUGACGGCGCGAUGGGUCCUUAGCCCUGGCGUGCCCAUCAUCUCAAUUAAAGUCGACGACCAGUACACGCAGAAGCGGAAGACCGCUCAGCGCAUUUGGGCCGUCGCCCUUAAUGCUUUGGGCGAGGUGUAUUACCUUGUCGACACGCCCAAAACAACGUUAAAUCGGUCCAAAGGCGAAGACGCCACCAAGAAUGCGUGGUUCGCAGGUCGCUCGGUUUACUGGCGGCUGAUCGAUGAAACGCGUCGCCAAGCUCGGCCGGAUGAGUUUGACAAGCAUGCCCUCCGAGGCGCCUACUCUCCCCGAUCACCGGCCGACGCCAUGAAACUGAGCAAGGAACAGCUCGUCGCAGAAGCCCGCGAGAUUGAAAAGUUCUUGCGCUACAAGCCUGCCCAUUUCCGGAAGGUGUGCGACGGCUGGGACAUGAGAAGAAGACUCGAGGUCGAUUUCGCAAACGACGACGCCAGCGGUGCCGGCGAGGUCAUCGUCUCCAUCCAGUGCGGCCAUGACAAGAAGACUCCGCCCACCGUGACUCGCUACAUCAGGGCCCUGUCUAGGACGCUUCGACAGACAACAGAGGAUUCCGAUGAUCUGCCUGACAUGGCGCAAGACACUUCCGAAGCGCCACAGUCAAUCUUCGGAGCCGGCAAAACUCAUCAACCUGAGUUUAAGCCGACGGACGAAGCAGCCCCUGUUUCUUCAGGCUCGCUAACUCCGCAGGCAACACUUGACUCUUCUGAUGAGUGGAUCGUUGCGACGAUGAAUCUUGGCGGCCAUGGCGAGCCAGAGAUCACUGCGUCAGCCCUCGACCUGUCGUCCCACGCCCUCCUUACGCUGACGGAGGACCCUCUUCACAUUGGUUACAGAUCUGCCGACAGUCCUACCAUGACCCCCCAAACUGCCGACUCCAUGACGGAGAUUCCCGGUCGAAGAACGCGAAUGUUGGCCAUAGGCACCAGAGCAGGGUCCGUCGUCGUUUGGGACUGUCGUGAUCAGCGCAACAUCACGGAAGUAGCGCCUCUCCGUGUGAUCCAAACAGAGUCGCCAGAGAUCAGUUGUUUGGCUCUGACAGCGUUGUAUCUGGUCCACGGUGGAAGCGAUGGCCUGGUGCAAGCAUGGGAUCCCUUGGCUUCUUCCCUCGAACCUCUCCGUACUCUGAACGGCCGAUCCAACGGGCGGGUCCCACGUCACAUGAUGACGAUGAAUCCUGCGCUCCAGAGUGACACCUACUCUGCUGUCCGGGCCAUCUAUCUCGAUCCCGAUCCUACCUUCCUGCGCGGCAUCACGUCAUUCGGCGCCUUCCUCCGCUACUGGGCCUACAGCGCUACCAGCCAGCCGCCAGGCCGCAAACGUCGUCUCCGACACGCCGAUGUCCACGGUCGACUUGCCACUCGUCGACAGGGAGGGAACGUAUCAGGAUACAUUGCUGCGGAGACUGCGGAGCUUCGGCGGGAAGAAGAACAGACGGCCCGUGAAGAUGAGUGGCUGCGCAACAGAUUCGGCGUUGGCGCCUUUGGCGACUUGACCGAAGAGGAAGCUCUCCAGUACGCAGAGAUGAUUUCGCAGGAGACUCUUUUGUUCGAGGAGCAACGUCGCACCAGCGCCAGCGACACUGGGUCAGCUGCGGAGGCCAGUUUCGAUACAGCGUCAUCCUUCAGCGAGAGUACCGUGGACACGGUCACGCCUGAGCCCAGCGUCACUGGCUUCACGCCACCACCUCCUGUGGUCGAAGAAGAGGACGAAUAUGAACAGCAACUCCAGCAAGCGCUUCGCCUCUCCUUGAUGGAAGCCACCAACGAUGUAGAGCAGUUGUCGCACAAGAACAGUUCUGGCGACUUUGACUUCGCCAUCAAAUACAGGCCAAAGUUGUCCAAGAAGACCAAAAGAUCGCCCUCAACAUCGCCAUCUGCAAGCUACAUGCCAGUUGCAGCUUACGAGGCCGGGUCAUCUAGUAGACCUAUGCCAAGGGACGACGACCUCGAAUUGGCUCUCCGACUUAGCAGCGCCGGUUCUGCCAGCCACGCCACGCCCAGGGAUGACGAUAUGGAGUUGGCGUUGAAACUUAGUCUUCAGGAAGUGGCCGCCAGCAACCAUGCGAAUCUUGGCAUGCCGCAUGAAGAGUUCCCCAUGUUGGAGACCAAGGGCAAAGGCAAGCGAAAGAUGUGA